GUCUAUUGCCAUUAGUUUCUAAACACUUUAUCUAGGGGAAGGAUGUCGGUUUAUAGUAUAUUUGUAGCCUCAUUCUUUUCUUAUAGUGUAAUCGAGAUUUUAAGAAAUUGCUGCGAACUGACCUUAUUUAAUUUUUGUGUGGUGCAGUGCGGUACUGAGGCUGAACUCAUUUCCGUUCUAAACCUUUUCGCCUUUUAAUUCCACUUUAUUCCUGACACAUUUCAAUUUCCAUUCUCGUAAUUCACACAAAAAUGCUUGGCUUUGGGUUUAAGCCUUUACUCGGGCUAUGUCUGGGUACGGCCUCAGCCUUUUACAUUCCCACCAUGGGCCCCCAGUCCUUCCAGCCGGGUGACCGCGUGCCAUUGAACGUAAACCGCGUAUUCUCCGAGCACGUCCCGCUGCCCUUCGCCUACUACGACCUCUCAUUUGUCUGCCGGCCGCAGGAGGUAAUGCGGCCAUGGCUGAACAUCGGCGAAGUGCUCCGCGGUGACAGAAUCGCAUCCUCAGACUACGAGCUGACAAUGGGAAGGAACAGCACCUGCAAGGUGCUUUGCACAAAGGACAUGACGGCAAAGUCCAACACGGAGGCUGUGGAGUUUGUGCAGCAGGAUUACUUGGUCGAAUGGAUUGUGGACAAGCUGCCCGGGGCGACGGCGUUUGCCAAGUACGACAAGGUCGGAGGCAUGGGGCAGAUGGAAUACAGGCCCGGAUUCAGCAUCGGGAAGUAUGAGGUCGGCAGGGCGUAUUUGAACAACCACGUCACUAUGCGCAUUCUCUAUGAGGAGCGCGGUGCGGAGGGGCGGAGGGUGACUGGGUUUGAGGUGUACCCCAAGUCGAUCAAAAACGAGUCCGGCAGGUGCCCCGACCUAGGCGACGUCAAUGCAGAGCGGCUCUUGAUCGGCGAGUCUUCACGAAUCACGUACUCGUACUCGGUGCAAUGGGUUGAAAGCACUGUGCCGUGGAACCACCGCUGGGACAGCUACCUCUCGGCGAUCAACGCACAGGUGCACUGGUAUGCGAUUUUCAACUCAGCGGUCAUCAUCCUGCUUUUGAGCAGCGUUGUGGGCGUGAUUCUGCGCCGCAUGCUCAACCGCGACCUGUCGGCGCUCAGCGAGGAGGAAUUCAGGGACGACAUUGAGGAGACGUCGGGCUGGAAGCUGCUCCACGGGGAUGUCUUCCGCGCGCCGCAAUACGGCGGCCUUCUAGCCCCUCUGCUGGGCACGACGGUUCAAGUGAUGUACACUUUUAUAGCUACCGUUGCCCUGGGCACGCUGGGCGUCCUGAGCCCAUCCUACCGCGGUGGGCUGCUGACCACCGGCAUAGUGAUGUUUUUGCUCAUGGGCGGGUUUUCGGGAUACUACAGCGGCCAUCUGUACCGGACAUGGGGCGGUACCAACUGGUUCAAGAACGCCGUUCUGACCGCUGCACUGGUACCCGGCUUCCUUGCAGUCUCCGAGAUCGUGCUAAACAUGUUUUUAUGGUACAGUUCGUCCUCGGCCGCCAUGCCCUUCAGCACCAUUAUGCUGCUGCUCGUCCUAUGGCUUCUUGUCGAGCUGCCGCUGACGCUUCUGGGUGGCUGGCUGGGCUUCCGUCGCCCGCCGUACUCCGAGCCCGCGCGCACAAACGCCAUUCCGCGGCCCAUUCCGCCGCAGCCCGCGUACCUCAAGCCCUUCCUGUCAAUCAUCCUCGCCGGCGCCCUGCCCUUCUCAGUAAUCUUUAUCGAGCUGUUCUUUGUGCUCAAAUCCAUCUGGCAGGAAUCUUUCUACUACGAGUACGGAUUCACAGUCAUCGUCGGCCUGCUUCUGUCGCUGACGGUCUGCGAGACCACUAUUAUUAUGGUAUGGAUGUCGCUUAACUCUGGCCAUCACCGGUGGUGGUGGAAGGCGUUUGCAUAUGGCGCCAGCUCGUCAGUUUAUAUUUUUGCGUACUCCAUUUUCUUUUACUUUACGCGGCUGAGGGCCGGCAUGCCCGGCGUCGCCGGGUUUGUGCCGACGCUGACUUUUUUUGUGCACUCGCUGCUGAUCUCGGCCGCAUACGCGCUGUGCACCGGGUCGAUGGGAUUCUUUGCGGCGUACUUUUUCGUGCGGCGCAUUUAUCCCAUGGUCAAGGGCUCUUAGU